AUGAGAAGACGACAUUUCCCUUUCUGUUCCAUUCUGUCACGUUGCUACCACUGCGGUAACCAUGCAAAUUUGGUAAAAACCUCAGAAUACAAAUCAACGACAGUAAACGAAAGCGCGCGCGAUUUGCGAAAAACCAACGUGAUUUUCUUUUUUCAGCGAACUCAUCCUGAGCACAGCACACUUGACUCGGUAGACGAACGGCAAAAGUGACGAAUUUUUUACGCUACAGAGUUUCAUGUAGUGCUCAGUCGCGUGCUACUAUCGUGUUUGAUUCGUUCUUUUUCCAGUUGGUGUGUUUCCAUGUUUUCCUUGUAUGUAGGUGAGAAUAGGAAAAAGAAAAUCAUCUGUGAAAAGGGGGCUCGUUUCUUCCCCCAAAACAUGACGGGUGUUUUGUCAGCGUAUUUGCUGUGGUAACCAAGUUGUUAUAUUUACGAGUUUCGCCAGUUGUGGUAAGGAAUUAAAUUAGAUGAGAUUUUCGUCUUGAACGUGACACAGGUGUGAGCGGUGCAAACAGUAUACAAACGAUAAGUGAUAAGGAAGAUAGCACAAUUUCCUCGCGCAUUUUAUUUUCGCUACUAACGAAAGAAUCUAGCUCGCUUUCCCGGCUCGAGAAAUGAAAUGCCAGUGAAUCGUCGUCAGUCUUCCAAAGUGAACGUAGCUCAGAGCUGAUGUGUCGUAGUUUUGGUCAAGGGAUGUUUGUUGCGUUUCGCGAAAUUAUUUUAUUUUUCUGAGGAUAGUGAGUGAGGAAAAGUAUUAUUUGCACCUCAUAACAAAUAUGAUAUGUUUUGCUAACAAGCGUGUGAAAAUAGAGUGACUUGAGCUUAAAAUAUUCAGAAUCCAAUUAGCUGUGCUCGGUGAAGAUUUGUUGUGAUUGUCUCGUUUCAAGUGGUGACGCCUGGUGUUUUACGCGAUUGGCGUGUAGGACAACGCAGUCAUCAGUAGAUCAGUGAACGACGGUGGAAACAGAAACGGUAAAACGAGACGUUCGGAAGGUUGUAAGCACGAACUUUAAUUGCAUGCAUUUCAUUAUCUGAUUUCGCGCCACGAGGAUCAUCAGUGUGUAAUACUUUUGUGGAAAGCGUUUCGUUCAUUUGUUAUCAGUUGUGUUAUAAUUUUGCGUGUUUGUGACAGAUCACUCAUCUUGAUCACUUCAUCCGUGCAACGUCCAGCUCACAUAACCGGAAAUAGAAUGGAGGUUGAGAUUCAAAAUCACAUUUCGCCUCUUGGCGCAUAUAACGCAAAGAAGUGCGAAAAUGAUAGUCUUCUGGAUGAAGCAUGUACCAUGCUAUCGGAACUACUACCACCGUUCGGUCGCAUGACAUCGAAGAUGUCAGUCACCAGCAGCAGUACCGAUGGCAAGAUUAAAGCCAGUCCCAUUGAUGUCGACAUCCACCCAGCAGAGAUUGACACGAACAUUUCGAUUGAGCUAAUUACAGAAGACGACGCCGAGGAUGUUUUGAAGUUGCUUAAAAAGUUUUUCUUCAAGGAUGAACCGCUCAACACAUUUGUUGACCUGGGUGAAUGUAAAGAACUGGAGAAGUAUUCCACUAAAUGUCUUCACGAACAUUGUUCCUUCAAAGCCGUCAAUUCCCGCGGUGAAAUCGUUGGAGUUAACAUCAAUGGAUUGAUCAAUAGACCGGCAGAGACAGACGAACCUCAACCAAAAUUAGCGGAUGUCUGUGAGCAUCCCAAGUUCAAAAAGAUCAUGGCUUUGAUGGAUUAUGUGGAUGAGCAAUUCAACAUAUUUGACUUGCAUCAGGACGUCGAUCAAAUGUUGGAUAUUAAAAUUAUGUCUGUUGAUAAUCGCUAUCGGGGCAUGGGAAUCGCCGGGAAGUUGACUGAUCGCACGAUGGAGUGUGUGAAAGAGCGAAACAUCAAACUCGUCCAUGUUUUGUGUAGUAGUCAUUAUUCGGCUCGGGUUAUGGAGAAAAUGGGCUUCGAAGAGGUUUAUAAUCUACCGUACCAGGAUUAUUUGGUGAACGGAGAGCAAGUUUUCGAUCCAGAAAAACCACACGCUGCAGUCAGGAUUUUGGUGAAAAGGCUGCCAUGAAAGUAUUCAAUUGGUGGCGAAUUAUUUUCACUAAAAGCAACCGAGCGGAUCAGUUUUUACCAUUGUGAGAACAUGUUGAAAUUAAUAAUGAAAGUAUCGAAAUUUGCUAAAAAGGCCAUGAUAGCUCAGGGCAUUAUCGAUAAUCGUUAAUUAUUUAGCAAUUUAGCAAUAAAAUACACAAGAACUUGAAGUAUUUGCUAUUUGUCGUUCCGCUCAGCUAGUCAUACAGAAAGAUUUGAUAGAUUUUUAGUACACUUCGAUAUUAUUCAUUUUGAGCAUUUUACAUUGGUUGAUAGCUUUCAAAAUUUAAUUAAUACUGCGCAACAGUUAGGCUGUAAACAGGAAGAAGUUGCAAAAAUCAUUAAAGUGUUCAUGGCACUAUUUUGUUAUUCAAACGAUGUACUCUAUUGUCGUCAAUUAUUGUCUCUGUGACUGGUCAUAGUGACAGUAUUAAAUUUCAAACGUAGGCGAUAUUGUAGAAAUUGUUCUGAUAUGAUCGAAUGCAAUGCAAGUCAAAUAUUCCUUAUAUCUUAUAUAAUAGGAGUUCAUACUACGGAAUGUGUGAGCAUGAUAUAAAUGUAAGCAACUUCAUGAUAUUUAAAAUGAAAAACUGUAUGCACAAAAUGUAUAUGUCAAAAUAAAUGUUCUUAUUCUAGAACUAUUUUUUAUUUACUAAA